CUUUAUGUAAGAGUCAAAAUGUUCUCCAAGACUCUACAAAUACAUGUUUACUCUAAAUCUCUCUAACUGAAUUUGUGUUCCAAGAGUAUAUACAAUAGAGUAUCUACAAUAGAACGUAGGCAUUCUGCCCAGAUCCCACCCUAACUGGUUUCUCCAAAACUCAGUGCCCUCUACAUAGGUCAGUCCCACCAUUUUAGAUCUCCAUAUGUCUUUAGCAUGUAUGUAUGUGAAUACAUUUUGAUUUAAGAAGGCUUUCACUGCAUCACUAUUCAUUGCACCCUUGGAAAGUAAAUAAAAACUAGUAAUACUUUUGAAACCAACAUGGAAAUUCUUAAAUCAAUGACUAAUGGAUACAUUAAAGCAAUAUCAGUAAUAUGUUGCUUUAUCAUUUCUCACUAGGUGUAAGAGAAGCAUUUACUGACAUUGUUACCCAGCUAAAAAUGGAACCUUACACAAAGUCAAAAUUAUCACUUAAGGAUAUUUUUAGCAUUGGGAAGGAAUCAGUGAAGAACAUUGAGCUUAAGACUUCUGAAGACAUUCUCUGGUAUUUUUUACAAAAGAUAAUGGCUGUUGAUAGCACUGCAAGGAACAGCUGGUGUGAGAAUACAUUUCAAAACUUGGAGCCAACCAGUGAGCAUUCCAUCCAUCCUCUAGAUGUUGUGUGUGCUGUUCUGCAUUGUUCAGAUAACUUUUUGCAGCAGGAGAUUAUAUCUAAAAUGUCUAUGUGUCAGUUUGCUUUACCUUUGAUGCUACCACCCAGCCAUGAUCAAGAAUGUACUUUCCUGUUGUGGGCCUUAAGAGGUAUUGUGAAACGAUGGAGACCUCAGUCAUUGGCAGAAAGCAAAGGAUUUAUUGAAGACAAUUUAGUAAAUAUAAAAAUGCCAACAUUUUCCUUUGUAAGACUUGGGGAAUGCAACAUAUCUAAAUCCAGAAUUCUUAAUCAACUGCUUUGCCAAACUCAGUCUUACUAUGACAUUUUUGUGAAUCAGGACAUGGUUUGUGGAUAUGCAGAAAAAAAAAUUGCUGAUGGGUUAGUGGAAAUUUCUUGGUUCUUUCCUGGAAGUGUUACUAAAUCUGAACUCUUUCCAGAGCCAGCUGCCAUUAUUAAUUUGAGAGGAGACUUGAUGUCCUACUGGAAACAGUUCACCUUUCUGACACACGUUUCAUCAGCUGUGUUCAUAUUUACAAAUCAUUUUUCUGAGAAGGAAUAUGAAUUAUUUUUAAAUUGUAAAAAUAUCAAUACAGACUUCUAUUUUGUCCUUGAUUCAAGUUUAAAAAAAGACAAAAGAAAAUUAAAUACAAUAAUUUGCACUCUGGAAGAGUUGUCUAAAGUACUAAAAGUCCAUGUACUCAACAACAAUCAUAUUGUCAGGACACUUCAAUAUAAUGUUGCUAAAUAUAUAUCAGGAGUUGGGACCCAUUUAAGCCUCCAGGAUCUGGCAGAUGUGGCCACUAAACAUGGCAUCCAGGUAGAUGAGAACUCAACAGAAUGUGAAAAGGCUAAAACACAUGCAGUUUCAAUUACAGAAGAGAUUAACAAUGUGUUGGGGUAUAAGAAAAAAACAAUGCCUCUUCAGGGGGAGCUGUGGAAAGAAUUAUCCUGGAUAGAAAAAGAGCUGUGUAGAAUGAAACACCAAGGAGAUACUGAAAUCAAUAUUUAUAAAAGGGAACUGGAAAGGAAAUGCUCUGAGCUACACCGGACACAAUACCAGUGUGAGCUACCUCGUGGCAUAAGAAACUAUAUGAAUAGUUUAAUGACAUUGUCCACAGUAGGGAAAGCUUAUUUUAUUGGAUGGAUGAAGUUCUACCUGGAUUCAAUAACAAGAAACAAUCUGUUAGUCUUGCAAGCUGAGUACAAAGAGAAAUGUUGCAAGUUGACCACAAAUGCGAGUGAAAUAAACAAACUUUGUGAGAAAAUUUCUGAUAGUUCUUUGGGAGUUGAUCAUUUUUUGCGUGAGCUUGGGCAAUUCUAUGAGGCAGAAUGUGCCAUGAUCAAGGGAAAUCACAUAAAACCAAAUGAAAAGAAAUUUAGUAGUCUCCCAGGAAUAGCUGCUGAUCUUCUUCUAGAUGGGUUUCCAUUAGAGCUGAUAGAUGGAGAUGCCUCUGGUAUCCCUUUACAGUGGAUAACUGAUGUUCUAACAGAACUAAGCAAGAAGACAAAGGGAAGAUGCAGACUGAGAGUAAUCUCUGUGCUGGGAGUGCAGAGCACUGGGAAGUCCACCCUCCUGAACACCAUGUUUGGGUUGCAGUUCCCAGUGGCUAGUGGACGUUGCACACGAGGAGCCUUCAUGACUCUGAUUAGAGUGAAAGAAAACUUCCAAAAAGAGCUUGGCUGUGACUUUGUUCUGGUGAUCGACACGGAAGGUCUGAAUGCUCCAGAACUGGCUUGUCUAGAGGGCAGCUAUGAACAUGACAAUGAACUGGCAACACUAGCAGUUGGGUUGAGUGAUAUCACCAUAGUGAACGUAGCCAUGGAAAACACCACAGAAAUGAAAGAUACUUUGCAGAUAGUAGUACAUGCAUUUUUACGAAUGAAACAAGUUGGGGGAAAAAGCUACUGCUUGUUUGUACAUCAAAAUGUAAAUGAUGUGUCUGCUUAUCUGAAUAACAGAAUAAAUAGGAACAAAGUUCUGAAUGAACUAAAUGAAAUGACAAAAGUUGCAGCAAAAAUGGAAUUUAUAAAUGCUCCUGUUACCUUUUCUGAUAUUAUGACCUAUGAUCCUGACAAACAUAGCUGGUACAUCCCUGCGCUUUGGCAUGGUGUCCCACCAAUGGCUCCCAUAAAUUUGGGCUAUAGUGAAAACAUUUUCAAACUGAGAAAACAUUUGUUUGAACUUAUGAAAGAAAGCCAGAACUCUCUUUCUCAUGAUACCAGUUCUUUUACAGAAUGGAUGAACAAUUUGUGGAAAGCUGUAAAAUAUGAGACUUUUAUUUUCAGUUUUAGAAACAGCCUUGUUGCUGAGGCUUAUGAGCAAUUGUCUGCUAAGUACUCAGCGUUAGAAUGGAAUUUCCGCCAUCAAGUUUAUACAUGGCUAUCAGAGCAAGAAAAUAUGAUCAAAAACCAGCCUCAAAGUAAAAUAACAUUUGUAACAACAGAAAUACUAGGAAAUAAAAUGACUCAAUUAUUGGACCAAGAAGAGGCCUAUAUGACGGAACAGUUAAAAUUGUUUUUUGAAAGUAGCAUUAACAAAACGUAUGUUGCUGAGAGAUACCGAGUUGAAUUUAUGAACUAUGUUAAAUGUGUGCGGCUGAAGAUGGAAGUCAUCAUUUCCAGUAAAUGUUUGGAAGCAGUGAAAAUCCAGAAAGGAAAACAACAAGUACGGGACAUGCAAGAGGGUUGCCUUAAAUUAAUCGAAGAAAAAGUGGAGACACAUUUGAAAACUCAUACAUUGAAUACAUGUGAUAUGAGUAACACUGAAGUGAAAGAAGAAUUUGACUUAAUGUGGGAUCAAAUUUUGCAAGAGCUGGAGGUGGGUAGGUUAAAAAAACACAGAAUUGACAAAAAAAUGCUGGAGCAAUUGAAAAGAGAAAUGGCAAACAGAAAUGGUAAGGUCAUGGAAAUACUCCAUAAUGUACCAUCUUUAAAAUACUAUGGGCAGAUUCCAUUUCAGAUGGAUAAAAGCUAUAUCAACAUUGAUGACUGGAAAGUAAAAGUUAAAGAAUUAUUUACAAAUAGCUGCUAUAAAAAAUUAGCUAAUGUUGCAGGGUUAUUAGAACAUAUCUGCCAGAACUAUGUGACAGACCGAAUUAACACAGGAGAAGAUUACAAUGAGAUGUACUGUCAGGAGCUUCUGAACAUAAUCAAUAAAAAAUUGAACCAAGAAGAAGUGAGAAAGUUUCACCCCGAUGGCAAGUUUGAGAUUUAUCUAAAAUUACACAUUUUAGGCGCUGCAGCUCUUCAGUUUCAGAAGAUGCACGAUGACUUUAUCUUGAAAAAUGAUCCCAGACUUCUCAUAAAUAAAUUGAAACCACAAUAUUUUGAUAUAUUUAAAAACAAACUGCAGCAGAAAGAUGAAUCCAAUGCUCGAGCUAAAGAUUUCUGUGAUCAGUGUCUGAAGCCGGCAAUAACUGACCACAUUUACAAGAAUCUCGGGAAAGAAAUGAUUGAUGACAUUCUGAAGGAUUCUUUAAAUAUCAGAUUCAACAGUUACAAUACUUUUCACUUUGGGAUUCUCAAAGAAUUGCUUGAAAUUAACAAUUUUGAAAAUUAUGCAGACUAUAUCACAAACUAUGAGAUUUAUGUGAAAAGAUGGAUUUCAAAAUACAUUGUAAUGAAAUAUAAAAACAGUUCUGACUUGGAUGUGUUGGUAACCAAAAUUAUUUCUUCUAUUUCUAAACAAAUUCAAUCUGCCCUUACUGACAAACAUGUGCAAAAGAGUCGGGAUGUUUCCGAAUUUUUGAAAUUCUUUCAAACUAAUUUGAUGAAACAUUUGGUGAUUUCCAACACUGCAAUGAAAGUAAUAAUUUUCCAAAACACAGAAGAUACCCACAAAUUUUCAAGCAAUAUCACAUUUUAUCUUGAGCAAUGUCAGGAACAAAUCAGAUCAGAAAUGAAAGAUUUGGGCAUUGAAUCUAUACUUGCCUUUCUGUUGCUAAAACCUCAAGAUGAGUUGCUCAAAAUGGUGUUGGGAUGUGGGAAAACGUGCCCAUUUUGUAAUGCUCCUUGUGAAGCCAGAGGAGAUGACCAUCAGGAACACUUUACAUCUGCUCAUCGGCCCAAGGGUUUAGCCCAAUACACUUUUGCAGAAGAUAAUAGUCUUUGUACAACAACAUGUUCCACUGAUAUCAUUUCUAAUGGCAUGUUUAGAAAUCCAGACACGGAAGGAAAGCAGCAUCCAUAUAGAAAUUAUAGAUCUAUCUAUCCCCAAUGGAUCAUACAACCAGAGAUACACUCUUCAUUUUACUGGAAAUUUGUUUUUGGCCGGUUCAAUAAUGAGUUUGCAAACCUUUUCCAGGCAAAUCCAGCAGAAAUCCCAGAGGAAUGGCUAAAAAUAACUCGAGGACAAGCUCUUCAGAGUUUAAAAGACAUGUAUAACAUAAAAUAA